AAUGACAAUUAUAAUAAUUAAUUCAAUUUAAAAGUAUCAGUGCAAUCAACUAUCGUAAAAUUAACUUGAUCGCGAUAUGUAGUAACUGAAUUCAUGAAUUAGUACUCAAAUAUAACAAUCGAAAUCUAGAUACAGUUUUUAAAUAUUUAAUUAAGUGUUUAGUUUGAUAUGAUAUCAAAAAUACAUAAACUUAAAUAUUACUAACUGAACUUUAAAUCACUUAGUUCCGUAAUAGAUCUUAAAAUAAUUUAUCUAAAUUCUACUAAACCCAAAGUAUUAUUAACAGGCAUGAUCUGGACAUAUAUAAAAGGGAAAUUUGGAAAAAGAGAACAAAUUAACUAUACUAUUGUCCCCUUAGUACAAAAUCAUAUUUUUCCACAUUUUGACUUUCACUACCCUUUUUAUUAAUAAAAAUUCAUAUCAUUAUAUUUACCAUGUUAAAAAAAUUUUAAAAAUAUAAAACAUGAAGUAGUUAAGCAUGUGCAUAUAUGAAAAAUAUUUUUGUAUUCAAAAAAUUGUUAGAAUGUUAAGUUCAAAAAUGGGAAAAAAGAGUUAGAUUGUCAGAUCUACCAUCUACUAAGAUUUAGAAAAUGCAAUCUAGGCAAGACACAUUGAUCUACCAUCCGUAGAGUGCAUUAUACACUGCGAACACAAUGAUGUACCAACGAAGAAUCCACAAUACACCAGAAACAUAUACAUCUAGUGUGGAAGAAAACAAAUUAUACAGUUCCUUCUAUGUUCUGUAUUUUUGGUAGAUCAUAAGACAUACUAAAUAUUCUUAUAUCUGCCUUGAGAGAACAUACAAUCUACGAUGUCUUCUUUUAUCUAUAAAUACAGUAUUUCCUAUCUACGUGUUCAUCUUUUUUCUAACAUGGUAGAAUGUAUGUUCUACAAGAUUUUUAAACAAAAUCCGAAAAUUAAGGAAAAAACAGUUACAAAAAUAUUCCCUAAAUCUAUUAAAUCUUUUUUAUUUCCUUUUUAAAAUAAUAUUGCCUAAAUGUAAAUCUUCAUCGUUACCACGUUGAUUUUGGAUUUGCAUCGUGGGGCUUCUUCUUUUCCUAGUUGGGGGCUUCAUCUUUUCCUAGUUUUUCCAAGAUUUUGUCUCUCUAACAUAUGAAGAUGCACAUCUAUGCUUCUUCUGGUUUGUGGAAAUCGUCCAAAAGAAGUGGAUGGAGAUUUCUUGUUGAUGAAGUAAAAGGAGGUAGAUUACUUACUUUGGACACAAGCAAAACCUUUGACAACCUAAGAGUUAUGGUUUGUGAAGACUUUGGAAUCGAUGUAAACAUGGUCAAUAUCGAGCUCAGUUACUUACCUUCUGAUUUGGUCAUAGGCAUCGACUCACCACCUGUAUUCAUCACCAAUGAUCGGCAACUCAAAAAUUUUCUCACCUAUGUGAAGAACAAAGCUUCGACGCGGUUAUCUGUGUGUAUUCGAUCUAAGGCCGAGCCUAGCAAUAUCAAAGUCGAUUUGAAUUUGAAUGAAGAAGCUACUGAGUCGCCUAACAGACAGAAACAGCCUAUGUCGUUUGAAGUUCCAGAAGAAGAUGUUGAGGUGGAUGAAAGUGAUGAUGAUUGCAACCGUGAAAAAGAUAUGAUCAAUGUAAAGACAGUUCGUUUUUCUCUCCUUGAUGUGGUGAAGAAGGGUCAACAUUUUACUACAAAAAACACUUUGAAGGCAACAAUGGAAAUAUGUGCAAUGAAACAUAAUUUCGACUACAAGGUUAGCAAAUCGGAUAAAAGAGUUUGGUAUGUUCGUUGUGCGGAUGAUGAUUGCGGCUGGCGUGUUCGCGCAGAGGGAUUAACAGGUUCUUCAUAUUUUAUCAUCAAAAAGUAUGUACCUGAUCAUUCAUGUUCUCCAUCAUCAAGGAAUCACUCUGUUCGGACAGUUUCAUCAAAAUCAGUUGGUAGUCUCAUUAUGCAUAAGUACGAAAGUGUCAAGGAAGGGCCGAAACCUAAUGAUAUCAUCCAGUUUAUGCGGGAUGAUCAUGGAGUUGAGAUAUCCUACUCUUUAGCUUGGGAUGCACGUGAGUAUGCAGUAAAUGCUGUGAGAGGAAUUCCAGAGAAGGGUUAUGAAAAAAUUCCCAAAUACUUGCAAAUGAUGAAGGAAGCUAAUCCAGGAACACACACAUUUUAUGAAACUGAUACCGAUGGGCGAUUCAAAUUCCUUUUCAUCUCAUAUGGUCAGUCUAUUCGCGGUUUUUAUGCUGGCAUUCGAAAAGUUAUUGUUGUGGAUGGGACUUUUUUGAAGAGCAAAUACAAAGGAGUGUUACUGGUAGCUACUACUUUAGAUGGUAACUCGAACCUAUAUCCUAUUGCAUUUGGAGUUGUCGACUCAGAGAAUGACCGCUCGUGGGAAUGGUUUAUGAGACAACUUAAUGUUGUCAUUGCUGAUGAUCAGAGUUUAGCUUUUGUGUCUGAUAGGAACGCCUCCAUUGCUAAAGCUCUUGCGAAAGUGUAUCCGCAUUCUCAUCAUGGAAUUUGCAUUCACCACUUGCUGAACAAUGUUGUAACAUAUUUCAAGGGUAAAGGUGUCGCUGGUUUGGUUGCAAAGGCUUCUAAAGCUUAUCGAGUUGCUGACUUUAAGAAGAUUUUCACUGCUAUUUUUGGAAUUAGUCCUGAAAUUGGAAACUAUCUAAUAGAAGCUGAUGUGAGUAAGUGGGCUCGCUGUCAAUUUCCGGGUUACAGGUAUGAUGUUAGGACCACUAACCCUGCUGAAUCGAUAAAUUCUGCUUUGCGUUCGCCAAGAGAGUUUCCAGUUAUACCUUUGUUGGACAGCAUAAGGGAAAUGAUGACUCGUUGGUUUUUCAAGCGUAGAACUUUAAGUUUUAAGCACACGCAGCCACUGACCAUUGCGGUGGAGAAGAAGAUUGACCGAAGGAUUGAGAAGGGUAAGAAGUUUCUGGUUUCUCCAAUUGGCGAUGACAGGUUUUUAGUUCAAGGUGACACUUCUGAAUGUUUGGUUGACUUGGUCAGACGCACAUGUUCAUGUAGGAAAUUCGAUUUGAUGAAAAUCCCAUGCAGGCACGCCAUAAAAGCAGCUUUCAGUGUAGGCAAACAAGCGCACACACUUACUGAUGACAUGUAUACCACUGCUUCAUGGAGAUCGGUGUAUGAGGAAACCAUAAAUCCUAUUACUGUUCCAGAAGAUUCAUGGAUUGUCCCAUCUCACGUUAAGCAAGCAAAAGUGCUUCCUCCAGAGAGUAGAAGAGGUGCAGGUAGGAGAAAGAAACGCAGGUACGAGACAGUUGAAGACAAGAUCCGUUCGUCAAAAAUCACUCAACGCUCUAUCCGUCGCAAAUGCAGUCGAUGUGGUAUUGUUGGUCACAAUAGGUCAACAUGUGAUAGAGCAAUAUAAUAUUCAAGCCAUUCUGUUUAGGCGAGUUAUGUUUCAGAGUUGUUUCUAGUAUUAUCUUUGUUUCAUCUCGAACUUGGAUUUUUUAUGUUGAACUCAGUUUUAUGUUUUGUGUUAAAAUCCAGUAUUUGCUUCGUUUUAUACAAGUUAUUUGAUUAUCGACAGACUUUUUUUGUUAAAAUCCCUUCUUCAUAUGCAAGUUAUUUGAUUAUCAAAAGAAAAUAGAAUAUCAAUCUGAUUCGAUCUUCUCAAUGUAAAAUCAGAGACAUGUUACAAUAUUAAUCACGUUUCGAACACAUACAUAAAAUACUGAGCAUGGAUCCUAAACAACCUACAUCUGCCAAAUUUUUUUGCUUCGUAACUUCUUCUAGCACUAUCUUGUUCAAUGAACUUCUCAGAUCGUCAAUUUCUUUGGCCAUUCUCGAGUGUUGUUCAUCCAUCCUUUGAAUCUCGUCAAAGAGAGCCUCAUCGACCCACUUAAAAAGAUGUUGUUCUUUCUUUCUCUAAAUCGAAACAUAAAACGUCAAUUGCGACUUGGAAGAAUGAAAAGUAAUUAGGGAAGUAAUUAUUUAUCAGAAUUACCUGUAAACCAAUCUCACAUCUGAAGAAACGUCUGAACUCCAGUC